GCCGUCCGCCCGCGCCCGCGCAGGCCGGGGGGACGUGCUGCCGCGGCUGCAGCCCCUCGCCCCGCGCCCGCCGCCCCUCGUGCACCGGGGGCGCUGCGCGGGCGCCGAGUCUUCGCGGGCUUUGCCGCCGCCGCUGGUGGGAGAGACGCGGGGUUGGGGGGGGAGGAGGGCGCGCGUGGUGCCGGCGGGGAGCGGCGGCGCCCCCCCCUCCUCCUCCUCCGCCUCCUCCUUCUCCGGCGCCGCGGGCUCCUCGGAUAUGGCCGCGGCGGUGGCGGUGGCGGCCGCGUCCCGGCGGCAGUCGUGCUACCUGUGUGACCUGCCCCGCAUGCCCUGGGCCAUGAUCUGGGACUUCACCGAGCCCGUGUGCCGUGGCUGCGUCAACUACGAGGGCGCCGACCGCGUCGAGUUCGUCAUCGAGACGGCGCGGCAGCUCAAGCGGGCGCACGGCUGCUUCCCGGAGGGCCGCUCCCCGCCCGGCGCCGCGGCCCCGGCCGCCGCCAAGCCGCCGCCGCUCUCGGCCAAGGACCUCCUUCUGCAGCAGCAGCAACAGCCGCCGCCGCUCGGCCACGGCGGCCCCGAGGCCGCCCCGCGCGCCCCGCAGGCCCUGGAGCGCUACCCCCUGGCGGCCGCCGCGGCCGAGCGGCCUCCGCGCCUGGGCUCUGAUUUCGGCGGCAGCCGCCCGGCCGCGAGCCUGGCCCAGCCGCCGACGCCGCAGCCGCCGCCCGUGAACGGCAUCCUGGUGCCCAACGGCUUCUCCAAGCUGGAGGAGCCGCCCGAGCUGAACCGCCAGAGCCCGAACCCGCGGCGCGGCCACGCCGUGCCGCCCACCCUGGUGCCGCUCAUGAACGGCUCGGCCACGCCGCUGCCCGCCGCGCUCGGCCUGGGCGGCCGCGCCGCCGCCUCGCUGGCCGCCGUGUCCGGGGCCGCGGCCGCCGGCCUGGGCUCGGCGCAGCCCGCCGAACUGGGCGCCCACAAGCGGCCGGCGUCCGUGUCGAGCGGCGCGGCCGCGGAGCAUGAGCAGCGCGAGGCGGCGGCCAAGGAGAAGCAGCCGCCGGCGGGCUCGCACCGCGGCCCGGCCGACAGCCUGUCCUCGGGGGCCGGGGCGGCCGAGCUGGGCACCGAGGGCGCGGGCAAAGGCCGCGGGCCCGGCGACCAGGACUGGGUCAACCGGCCCAAGACCGUGCGAGACACGCUGCUGGCGCUGCACCAGCACGGCCACUCGGGGCCCUUCGAGAGCAAGUUUAAGAAGGAGCCGGCCCUGACUGCAGGCAGGUUGUUGGGUUUCGAGGCCAACGGGGCCAACGGGUCUAAAGCAGUUGCAAGAACAGCAAGGAAAAGGAAGCCUUCUCCAGAACCAGAAGGUGAAGUCGGGCCGCCUAAGAUCAAUGGAGAGGCACAGCCGUGGCUGUCCACGUCCACAGAAGGGCUCAAGAUCCCCAUUACUCCUACAUCCUCUUUUGUGUCUCCGCCGCCCCCCACUGCCUCACCUCAUUCCAACCGGACCACACCGCCUGAAGCGGCCCAGAACGGCCAGUCCCCCAUGGCAGCCCUAAUCUUGGUAGCAGACAAUGCGGGGGGCAGUCAUGCCUCAAAAGAUGCCAGCCAGGUGCACUCCACCACCAGGAGGAACAGCGGGAGCCCACCCUCUCCGUCCUCUGUGAACCAAAGAAGGCUGGGCCCCCGAGAGGUGGGCGGCCAGGGGGCAGGCAGCACAGGAGGACUGGAGCCCGUGCACCCCGCCAGCCUCCCGGACUCCUCGCUGGCGGCCAGCGCCCCGCUGUGCUGCACCCUCUGCCACGAGCGGCUGGAGGACACCCACUUCGUGCAGUGCCCGUCCGUCCCCUCGCACAAGUUCUGCUUCCCUUGCUCCAGACAAAGCAUCAAACAGCAGGGAGCCAGUGGAGAGGUCUAUUGUCCCAGUGGGGAAAAAUGCCCCCUUGUGGGCUCCAAUGUCCCCUGGGCCUUCAUGCAAGGGGAGAUUGCAACCAUCCUUGCUGGAGAUGUGAAAGUGAAAAAAGAGAGAGACUCGUGACUUUCCGGUUUCAGAAAAACCCAAUGAUUACCCUUAACUAAAACUGCUUGAAUUGUGUAUAUAUCUCCACAUAUAUAUAUAUCCAAGACAAGGGAAAUGUAGACUUCAUAAACAUGGCUGUAUAAUUUUGAUUUUUUUGAAUACAUUGUGUUUCUAUUUUUUUUUUCUUUUUGACGACAAAAGGUAUGUACUUAUAAAAGCAUUUUCUUCUUUUGUUAACGUUAUUAGCAUAUCUUUGUGCUUUAUUAUCCUGGUGACAGUUACCGUUCAAUGUAGGCUGUGACUUGCGCUGCUUUUUUAGAGCACUUGGCAAAUCAGAAACGCUUCUAGCUGUAUUUGUAUGCACUUAUUUUAAAAAGAAAAAAAAAAAGCCAAAUACAUUUUCUGACGUUGUAAGAUUGCCUUACUGUCUGUUAUUCCUUAUUGCUGGCCCCUUUCUCAGGCUGGAGGCCAAGUGGUGGAGACGGAAAGGAAAUGAGCGAAAGGGGCACUGUUGUGAAGUGGGCAUGCCACUGGGAAAUGUCACAGAGUUUCCCCCCAAACGAUGUCCUUUGAGAGUAACAGGAAAUCGAUUUUGAAUCUUUCUCGAUUUUGGAUUUUGUUCUUAAAAGUUCAGUUGUUGGGCUGUUGAAGACUGCCUGAGAGUUGCUGCUGAGAGAUUUUCAGGACUGGGCGGGGGUGGGCGGGGGGCGAUAUUUUUUUUGUGUGUUAAGGCAAAGAUGACCACUGUUCACGGCCCAUGUGAUCAGUUGUAAGAUGACCAUGCUGCAUGCUAGUUGGUUGCAUAAUACACAAUCCAGUGACUCAAGGCAGUGAUAACGGCCGGUGGUGAGGACAAGAUGGCACUGCCAUCUCUGCGUGGAGCCUGGCUCUGCAGCGCCACUUGAUCUUUCGAAACACCCUGGAGCGCUCUGUCUGUUGUUGGCUGUGGUCGUUUUCCUUUGAAGAGAGUCGAAAGAGAAGUCCAGGUGAACUUGGAGAUUGUGGGAUUGGUUUCGUUUCUGUUCUGUGUUUUGUUGUUUUAUCAUUUACCUGUAGGCCCAUUGCUGUUGAUAUGAUCACCUACACCCUGUUUGUAGUGAGCGCUAAAUACAGUAUGGUACAAUGGCAGUAACAGCGCAGGGUGCUGCCAGGACUGCCCGUGGGCAUAUCAGUGACAGCCCAAAUGGGGGUGGAGGAAACCUGUAAUUUCCUUCUUACAUGUGUUUGAAUACCAAGUGAAUAAUACUGUUCUUCUGGACAAAAAUGAUAAACUAGUGAAAAUUAAAGAAAGGGUUUUACAUAAUAGACAGGCCCCACCUCUCAAACUAUUUUUAGAAAUGUUUUGUAAACUAAUUUGUUUUGAUUACUAUUUUGCAUCAGUAAAAUGAGUUUUUUUAAACCAAUAAAUCAUCAGUUAUUAGAAAUAGUUGUCUCACAGUGAUACUGGUUUUUCUUCUGUGCUCUUAUGAUUUAACAUUGACAGGAACACUACUUCAAAUCCUUUCAUGUUCAGGUGUUUGUAACUUGGCCCUCUAAUUAGGCUGGAUCAUGGCUUCCAGGUCUGCUACAACUUCUGUGUAUUGUUCCCAACCGAGCUUUUAUUUUAAUUUGAAAAUAUAGAUUGUUACCCACUUUGGAUCCUUCUUCAGUUAUGUUUUUGUCUUUCAUUUUUAAAUUGCUCAAAUAUUUUUUAAUGGUCGGGUUAUUAACACUUGAAAAUCAGAUACUGCACCAAAUACAGUAUUUUUUUCAUGGUGUUUUUAAUGAGCGCACCUAUUAAUGCUGUGCAAAUUCAUGUUACCCGUCAUUGUUAUAUUGCAAACAGACUUGCAUGAUUAACCAGUUUGUUGUUACACUUUUUUUUUUUUAAUUGGAGUAUCUAUGACUCAGAGCAGACCGGUUUCUCUUAUGUAAAUGCACACAUGCAGAAACACAGUCAAUUUUACAUGCCCAUAAAGACAUUUGUAAAGAAUUCAACUUACUAUGGUCUGUUGUAUAAAUGCAUAUCUAGGCACUUUAUUAUAAACUGGAAUUUGACCUCAUAGAUGUUACAAGUUGAUCAGUCAUUUGACCUAAUUUGUGGUAGCUAUCUGUAUGUUUUGCAUUCUCAAUACAGAUAAGCUUUCCAAAAAGAUUAGUAAAGAACCAUCCUGCUGUUUUGAAUAAAUCUAUCCAGCUGUGGAAAAGACAACCUAUGGUGUAUCUCUGUGCUGCUGUUCAAGAGGGAGAAUUUAAACAGCUUUAAAGGGCUGUGUGUUGAGUUUACUCCGAUUAAAAAAUAAGAGUCCGACUGGCCCUUGGGUGGCCUUCGUUAGAAGGCUUGCAGCUGGAAAGUGUUGAUAUGGGUUAUAUCUCUGGCAUUCUCGUAAGUUAAAAAGUUAACACUGGGACAUGGGUUUGAUCCUUUGUUGUACCUGAUCACAGUGCAGAGAUUCUCCACAGCUGGAUAAAGAUGUCAGAAAGCUACUUACUGUACAUGGGCAGUAUCAGAUUUCAAAUCCUAAUAUUUCAGCUGUGCUUUUAAUACUCAAAGUAUUAGGGGAUGGGGUGUUGAAGCUUUCACUUUUUUGCUUUAACAAUUUAUAGAAUUUAACAGAUGUACUGUCUUUCAUGUGGCCUCACAUUAAAAGUUAUGAGAACGUACACAUGGUUUACAACUUUUACUAGAUACCUUUCCUUGGCCACCAAGUAUUUUAAAAGUGUGCCACCUUUUAACCUUUACUUUUUUAAGUUGAAGGUGAUACUUUUUCUAUAUAUGAUGAAACUCAUGUCAACUGAAGUGAGUGUAAUCUCAGAUAUCAAUAUUAUCCUAUUUUAAAAUCACGCUAUGGAAAUAUCACCUGCAUUCUGUCAUUUGUCAGAUUUACAGUACCUUUUUUUUUUCUUUAACUUUUAGCAUUAAAUAAAAAUAAAAUUGGGAGCACUGAA